UCUUCUUCUUUCUUUUUUAAUCAAACUGAGAAUCAAACCUAAGAUUAUUUACUUACCACAAGACCGUAGUACUAAGUAACUAUAAGUAAUCAUUCUUAAUUACAGAGAUUUUGUUUUGUUUCCAUAUCUCUGUUGCUUUAUUUGUUUGUUUAAACUUAGUACAGAACAAGAGUUAAAAAAGAUCCAUUAAUGGAUGUCUUUCAAGUUGUUGAACAAUUAAGCGCGGAUAGCUCACCUCUACCCUACAAAUUUAAUAUUUGUCGGUUCUGUCAUCCCAACUAACAUCAUUAAGUCCAGUGGUGGGAAGAACAGAUGUGAGACCACAACCAUCCAUCCUGCACUUUCUCAGUUCCGAUCUCUUGGUUCUCUGUUUCCACUGCUAACCGAAAGAUGGCCGAGGCACUCAUUUCCGUGCUUCUCGAACAACUGGCUUCGAUAACUUACCAGCACGUCGAGAAAGAGGUGAGCCUGGUUUUGAAUGCGGAGGAAGAUGUUGCAAAAUUCGCUCGCAACCUUGAAGUGAUUCGUGCUGUGCUUGAGGAUGCGGAGCAGAGGCAGGUAAAGGAUGCCGGCGUGAGAAAUUGGCUGGAGAAGCUGGAAGAUGUGUCGUACAAGAUGGACAAUGUGCUGGAUGAGUGGAACACUGAAAUACUGAAACAACAAGUUGAGAAGCAAGAAGAGCACGGUGGAAGUACUUCUCUUGUUACUAAGAAGAAGAUGAAGGCGGUAUGUUUCUCUAUUCCCUCCUCUUGCUUUUGUUUUCGUCAAGUCAGACGGGUAAUUCGUGGUCGUGAGAUUGCUCUUAAGAUCAAACGUCUGAAUGAAAAUUUAGAUGAGAUUGCUGAGGAAAGACAGAGAUAUAACUUUCAAUCCAUGGAGAGAACGACCAUUGAACAACCCGAGCGAGAGAAAACUUCUUCUUUUGUUGAUGCAUCUGUGACAUUUGGUAGAGAACAGGAAAAGGAAGUUUUGGUCAGCAAGUUGUUGAAUGAGAAUAGUCAAGAAGAGAGGGGCCUCCUUGUCAUCCCUAUUGUCGGGAUGGGAGGAAUGGGGAAGACAACUCUGGCCCAACAGGUUUUUAACGAUGAAAAUGUUAAAGCCUGUUUUGAUAUCAAAAUUUGGGUUUGUGUUUCGGACCCUUUUGAUGAGAUCAAAACUGCCAAAGCCAUCAUUGAGGGUGUCGAAAAAGAUACCAGCCCAAAUUCAAAUGAAUUGGAAACUGUCUUGCAAUGUAUGUCUAAAUCUUUUGAGGGAAAAAAGUUCCUCCUUGUCCUGGACGAUGUGUGGACUGAAGACCAGAGAAAAUGGGAGAAAUUGAAGUUGCCAUUAAACCGAAGUGGCGCCCGUGGCAGUACAAUAUUGGUGACCACUCGAAAACAGGAUGUUGUUCAUAUGAUAGGAGCUCUCACACAACAGAUCGAUUUGGAGAGGUUGAGCGAACCAGAUUGUUUGUCAAUAUUCAACUGCAUGGCAUUUUUUAGUAGAGAUAAGGAUAGUGAGUUGGAAGCCAUUGGUAAAGAAAUUGCAAAAAAGUGCAAGGGUUUGCCUCUUGCUGCAAAGACUCUGGGCAGUCUCAUGCGUUACAAGAAAACGAGGAAAGAAUGGCAGGAAGUUUUGGACAGUAAUAUAUGGGAGCUAGAAAAGUUUGAGCAACAAGUUUUCCAACCACUAUUACUGAGUUAUUUUGAUUUGGCACCUGCGGUCAAACGAUGCCUUUUAUAUUGUGUUAUUUUUCCAAAAGAUCAUUUGAUCUAUAAAGAUUAUUUGAUUGAGUUGUGGAUGUCACAAAAUUAUCUCUAUUCGAAGGAAAAAAUAGAGAAGAAAAUAAUUGGCCAAAGGUGUUUCGAUAAUUUAGUAAUGCGAUCUUUCUUCCAAGACUUUGAAGAAGAUGUUCUAGGAAAUAUCUGGAGGUGUAAAAUGCAUGAUAUUGUGCAUGACUUUCUGCAGUUUCUUACUCAAAAUGAAUGCUUUACAAUGGAGGUUAAGGGUGGUAACGAUACAAUAGAGGCCUUGGGUGACAAGAUCCGCCAUUUGACCUUAAUGUUUGCACCCGAGGGUCAACUCUCAAGUGUUUCGUUUUCCAGCUGCGAUCUACGUACUCUCGCAACUUUUGAUUCAAAAUUUAAUGUUGUGGACUCAACUUUGGUCUCGCAAUUGAAACAUCUUAGGACAUUAAAUUUGAGUGGUGGUUGUAUUGAAGUGCUUCCGGAAGAGAUAGGUGAAUUGGUGCAUCUGAGGUUCAUUGAUUUGUCUGAAAAUUAUGAUUUGAAAAAGCUACCGAGUGGGGUGUGUAAUUUAUACAAUUUGCAGACAUUGCGCCUUCGCGGGUGUUGGAAACUUGAAAGUCUACCUCAGAGCAUGGGAAAGUUGAUUAACUUAAAGCAUCUUUAUGUUGGUGGUUGCAGUGAGCUGAAGUACUUGCCGAAAGGGAUUGGGAGAUUAACAAAUCUAAGAAGACUAGAUCGGUGCCCUGUUGGCGGUGGUAAAGACGACGAUGAAGCGUUCAAAUUGGGAGAUUUGAGAAACUUAGACCAACUUCAGGGGGGAGUCAAAAUAGAUAUUGAUGGGGAUGUGGAAGUUGCUGUGGGUGAGGGUGAGAAAGCAUCACCCCUGGGGAACAAACAACAACUCUCAGAAUUGGAUAUAAUUUUUGACGAGGGAAGAAGAAGCAGCAGUAGUGCAGAAACACUGAAUUUUUUACGACCGCAUCCAAAUUUGGAAUUGUUAAGAAUUGAAAGGCAUAAUGGAAGCACUGCCCCCAACUGGAUCAUGUCAUUAAACAAUUUGAGAUAUCUCUCUCUCUAUGAAUGGAAUGAAUGUGAAGUUUUACCUCCUUUGGGAAAAUUGCCGUCCCUCGAAACACUCUGGCUUUGGGGCAUGAAAGGAAAAAAGGUUGGAGUUGAGUUUCUGGGAAUAGAAAAGGAAACGUCAUCAGCAUCAUCAUGCAUUACUCUAUUCCCAAAAUUGAAAACACUCACAUUUUCCCUAAUGGAGGCGUGGGAAGAGUGGAAAGGAGUGGAAGAGUGGAAGGAAGAGGAUUCUCAUAUUACCAUAAUGCCAUGCCUUUCUUCUUUACAGAUUUCUCGGUGCCCUCAGCUAAAAACAAUAUAAGAUUCAAAAAUAUAC